UGGUAAUAUUUUUUCCCUAAAAAUAUAAAUCCUUACGCAAAAAAAAAGAAAAAAAAAAUCCUGUUUAAAGUUUAGGUAGCCGCUAGGGACAUACAAUGUUUUAUUUUUUUGGUGGCGGAAAGCAAAUGUGAAAGUUUCAAAUCUUUUGUUCCAAUCUCUAUUUCUUUCAAUUUCUUUCAAAUCUUGAAAAGAUUCAAUCUUUACUUCUUAUUUAGAUCCAAAUUACAGCACAAGCAGAAUCACCCGAUAAGUUCUUGAAAAUUCCCAAAUUAGUCCAUCAAUUCUCUUCCCAUUUUGCCACCUAUUUUCUCCUCUUCAAAAUUUCUAGGGUUUUUUUUUUCUAAAAAAAAUCCUGUCUUCUCAUGGCGUUUUGAUGUAUCUGGGCUUUUUAAAUUCUGGGUUUUCAACGUUUUACUUCAGAAAUGGUUAUUGUGGCUUAUAUGCUUUUAGGGUUUUUAUAAAAGCCCAACUUUCCACAUCUAUGUUUCAUGGUUUUCUUUAAAUGGGUGUUGAGUUUUCAGGGGUUUGAAGUUUGUAAAUUUCAUCAAUGGUUGCUUUAGCAAUUAAUCGGAAACGCGGUAGGGAUGAGUAUUUCUAUUCCAAUUUCAGUCACAAAAACAAAGCCUCGUAUUCAAAUUCCUUAGAUUUUCAACUUUCUAAAAAACCUAGAUUUUCUCUGCUGAAUCAAAGCCCAGAAAAACAAAUUUUAUCCUCAAACGACACCGUUUCGAGAAUCUCUCGUUACCCGAAAGCCAAGCUUCCCUUUCCUAGAGAAAUUCACGCCCCUGUCAGACACCUUAAAUUUGGGUUAUUAGCUACAAAUAUCUAUAUAGGGAAUUUUAUGAGUAGUAGAUUAAGUAUUGCAAAAAGGCAAGCUUUUGAUACUUUGAGGUACUCUAAGAAAGAAAAAGAAGUGAUUUUUGUGGAAGAUGGUGAGGAGAAAGAAAAAGAGGUGGUUUCAGAUGAUUUUAGCGCUGAAGAAGUUGAGGUUGUUGAAAAAGGGAAGAAUAAUGUGGAGGUGGAGGAAGAGAGGCAUGUUCAGCCAUCCUCUUCGUCUCUGGUUACUGAGUUGAACAAUGAGAGUUUGAGAGUGGAGCAUGUGUUGGAUAUUUUGUCAUUGAAUCGGGAGGUUUCCACUGUUUAUGAUUUAGAAGCUUAUAAGAAGUUGGUGGAGAGUGCAGAGAGGAGAACUCCCAAGUUGAAAGAUUUGGAUUUUCAAAUUGAGUUGAAUGAGAAGCGUAUAGCUGGACUUCAGGCAUUGCGGUCUGAGAAGAAACCAGGGGAUGAGCUAGAAGAGGUGAUACCUCCUGAACCUUUUAUGCCUCUUACAGAGGAGGAGAAGGAAGAGGUUUCCCAAGCUUUUUCUGCAAAAAAGUGGAGUAAGAUAUUGGUCUCUCAUGAGAACUCAAGCAUUGAUAUUAGAGGAGAAAUUUUGCAAUGUCUGAAACCAGGCGCAUGGUUGAAUGAUGAGGUCAUAAAUCUCUAUCUUGAAUUACUGAAAGAAAGGGAAAACAGAGAGCCGAAGAAGUUUCUGAAAUGCCAUUUUUUCAACACCUUCUUCUAUAAAAAGUUAGUGAGUCCGGAGAAUAGCUAUAAUUAUAGAGCUGUCAAAAGAUGGACUUCACAAAGGAAGUUGGGGUACUGCUUAUUUGACUGUGACAAAAUAUUUGUCCCCAUACACAAAGAUAUACAUUGGUGCUUGGCAGUUAUCAAUAAGAAGGAUCAGAAGUUCCAGUAUCUUGAUUCACUAAAAGGAAAAGAUGCUAAAGUGUUGAAUGCACUGGCAAAAUACUUUGUUGAAGAAGUGAGGGACAAGAAUGGAAAGGACAUCGAUAUAAGUUCUUGGGAACGGGAAUAUGUUGAAGACCUUCCCGUACAGGAGAAUGGGUUUGACUGUGGCAUGUUUAUGUUAAAAUAUAUGGACUUUUAUAGCAGAGGCUUAAGUCUUUGUUUUGACCAGGAACACAUGCCCUAUUUUCGGUUAAGGACAGCCAAGGAAAUUCUGAAAUUGAGAGCUGAUUGAUUCUGUACAGACUGGCAUCGACAACGCAUUUGCUAUUCAAGUUCUUUUUUUUAUUUGUAUAUGUAUGCCUGCUUGUCUAUUUUUGGCUAGUGAGAAGGCUUUUACUAGGAGUUGGAAUGGUAUGCAAGAGUUUGCUUCUGAUCAGAUUAUCAAUAUAAUUGGCGUGACCGGUUACUAAAUUGUAAAUGCAAGCCAUGAGAUGUAGGUGUAGGGCAGGGCAAGACAAACUUUCUGGAGAGUUGUCUUGGAAGUAAUAGGUUUUUGUUUCUAUCUUUCUUCUAAAAUUUUCCCAUUCCCCUUUUGUACAUCAGUUCUGCCUGGUUUCUAUUUACAACUUCUGAGCCUUUCCCAGUUAUUAUAGGAGUAAUAUAUGUCUUCUUGUGUUUUUUUUAACUCCUAAGAGUAAUAUCUUUCUGUAAAAUGAAAGUGCUUUGUGUUUUCCUUUUGGCCUUUCUGCAUUGGCUUUAUGUUUCUAUGGGCAAAUAUAGAUGGAGCCAAAUCAUUCUACCUUUUCCCUUGGAUCUUAAAAUUAUAACUCAAGGGCUAGUAUUGUUAAUCGGGCAGGAUGAGUCGGGUU